AUGUCCGCGCCCCAGAUUGCGAGGCCGGGCAGGGCCCCGCGCCUCUCCAGCCUGAACAAACCCGAUUCCUACCAGUACCAGUCCUCCGCGACAAAACGAAGAGCCGCCGGCCCGCCCCAGCCCGUAAAACCCACCCAGCGCACCUACACCUGCUGCGAGGCACCCUUGAUCAAUGUCGCCGACGGCACCACCAUGUGCUACAACUGCGGAAAAGUCCACGACGAGAGCCAAAUUGUUUCCGAAGUCACUUUUGGCGAAACUUCGGGCGGAGCAGCCAUCGUCGAGGGUGGCUUCAUCCAUGCCAACCAGCGACAUGCCAACUCCAUGGGCGGCACCAUGCGGGGUCUUGGUGGCAUGGAGAGUAGGGAGCAGGCUGCUAUGAAUGGCAAGAACGCAAUUCAGGCCCUGGGUGCUUCUCUCAACCAGCGCGAGGCAGUCAUAGAACAGGCUUUUAGUUGGUACAAACUCGCCAUGAACCACAGGUUCAUCCAGGGUCGCCGCAUGAGAAACGUCGCCGCUGUCUCCAUAUACAUGGCAGCCCGUAGGCAGCCCGAGAACACUCUCAUGCUUAUCGACUUGGCAGAGAAGAUUCAAACAAACGUCUGGGCCCUGGGUGAUACAUACAAGCAGUUUUUGGAAAUGCUUAAAGAGGAGGAUCCUGCCCAGCUCGUUGGUAGCAAGGCUGUCCAGGAGAUUGAACCCUUGAUGUUGAAAUACUGCCGGAAACUUGAGUUUGGAGACGACUCUCAUAGGGUAGCUGAUGAUGCCUGCAAAGUCUUGAAGCGCAUGAAUCGCGACUGGAUGGUGCAAGGUCGCCAGCCCGCUGGAUUGUGUGGUGCUUGUAUUAUCAUUGCUGCUCGCAUGAACAACUUUCGUCGUACCAUUCGUGAGGUUGUCUAUGUUGUCAAGGUCGCCGAUUCCACCAUUACUUCCCGUCUAUACGAAUACAAGAGGACACAGAGUGCAGCUUUGACUGUCAACCAAUUCCGAGAGUUUGCACCAAGACUAAAAGUCAAGGCUCAACCGCCUGCCAUCUGGAGGCGCGCAGAAAAGGAGGAACGACAGGCGAAGAGAAGGAGACUGCUUGAAGGACACGAUGACACUGCAGCAUCUCUAGAGAACGAAUCAGGAAGUGGUGAAGUAGAGACUGGCACAUCUACAGCACCAACGCGGACAAGCAAGAGACAAAAGUCUAAUGAUGGUUCAUCACAACCAGUUUCUACUCAGAGCGGAGAUACAAGCACUCAGGGAAGUGGUAUACCUGCAGAAGUCGAGGCUUUUGAUGGCAAUGCCGACGCAAUGAUUGAUAGUGUUGCCACUGCACUUGAGGAAGUCGAAGCAGGAGAGGCCACCGAUCCAGAUUUUGUCAUGCCCAAGAAGCGCGGUCGUCCACCCAAGAAGCGAGUACCCAUUGCCAUUCCCGAAGAAGAUCUCGAAAUCGAGCAAGACAUUGAGGAAGAACUUACGAAUGCCAUCAAAGAUUGGGAGUCCGUCUUCAAAGAAUUUGCCAACAACGAAGACCACGAUCUCCUCCGACGCUCCGGCUGGACCGCCGCCGAAAUGGCACGCGCCGCCCAAGACAAACGCGACAUACCCGUAAACACGAACCCAGAAAUCGGCGAAGAAGAAUUCGAAGACGACCCAGACGUCGCCACGUGCAUCCUCGGCCCCGAGGAAGUCCGCCGCAAAGAAGCCAUCUGGAUCACAGAAAACGAAGAAUGGCUCCGCGCCCAGCAAGAAAAGAUGCUCCUCGCCGAACUCGAAGCCGCAGAAGACAAGCCCAAGAAACCGAAGCAAAAACGCAAACACCACCAAAUGGGCGACGGCAGCGUCCUCGAGGGCCAACCUGCUACCAGCGCCGCAGACGCCGCGCACAAGAUGCUCAAGAAACGCGCAAACAAGGCGUUUAGCAACCACAUCAAUUACGAUAGGCUCAAGGAACUUUUUCCAGGCGGUGGAACAAAUGCUUCGGCUAGUCCGGCGGAUAGUGCCCAAGGUACUAGUCCGGUGAACAGGUCUCCGCCUGCUUCUGCUGUCCAGCACCCAGUUGCGGAUAAGGAUGCCCAGGGCGAUGAAGAAGAAGAAGAGGAGGAAGAGGAAGAGGAAAUGCUAGCGGAAGAAGAGGAAGAGGAAGAUCUCGAGUAUAACUAUCGCGAUGAUGAUGAUGAGGGGUUCGGAAAUGAGAGUUAUGACUACUAA